CUUAUAAUGGCGAAAUCCAGACAAUGUUUGACUCUGUGGAAACCUCUGGAACUGCCCAAAAUCCAAUAUUCAAUUUCUUACGUUCCUGGACCCUCGCUUUUUUCACGCUCUAUGCAUUUAAAGGGUUUGCUUUAUAAUUUGUUGCCAAGUGAAGUGAGAGGAUACUGAAUUCAAGCUUGAAGGGAACCAAUCAAAUUGGUAACUUGUUCAAAUUCUUGGGUUAUUGAUAUGUCGAAUAUCAAGUUAGAUGAGGUUGUCUGCCGUGAUUCUGAGGAAACAGAAAUAAGUUUUUGGAAGGGGAAAGUGAUAUCAGAUGAAAAGGUUAAUCGAGUAUUCGAGAUCCUAAAUACUAUCCAUAAGGAAGGGCAGAGGUCACUUAGCGAUAUCACCGCAAAUGUUGCGAAUGGAACUAGGAAUGAUAGGUUAUUUAAAGGGAAUGAAAAACAUGCACAUGUAGUUGGAAGAAGAUCUGGACCUCUCAUAUCCGGAACAGCCUACUGCAUUUCCUCGUGCAGCAUGAUAUUGCUGAAUAAAGUUGUUCUCUCAAGUUAUAACUUCGAUGGAGGAAUAUCAUUGAUGUUUUAUCAAAAUCUGAUAGCUUGUCUAGUUGUUGCCAUAUUGGGUCUAUGUCGAGCAGUUUCGAUCGAAAAGCUCAACUGGAAGUUGAUCAGGCUUUGGAUCCCUGUAAAUAUAAUCUUCGUUGGCAUGCUUGUAUCGGGAAUGUAUAGUUUGAAAUACAUAAAUAUAGCAAUGGUUACCAUUCUGAAGAACGUGACAAAUAUUUUAACAGCAAUCGGAGAAUAUUAUGUUUUUCGAAAACGUCAAAAUGUGAAAGUCUGGACAGCCAUGUUUAUGAUGAUUAUCUCUGCUGUCAGUGGUGGUAUUACAGAUCUCUCAUUCGAUGCCACAGGGUAUACUUGGCAGAUUUUAAAUUGCAUCUUAACAGCUGGCUACUCGCUUACUCUGCGGCUAGUCAUGGAUAAAGCUAAGCAGGCAACCAAAUCAGGGUCACUUAAUAAAGUGUCCAUGGUUUUGCUGAACAAUUUGUUGUCUCUACCCUUUGCCAUCUUCUUGAUUUUUGUUUUGAACGAAUGGGACUAUGUAAUAAACACUUCUGUGAUUAGAUUGCCAAUGUUUUGGGUUGUCGCAACAGCUAGUGGGUUGCUUGGUCUUGCCAUUAGCUUCACUUCCAUGUGGUUUUUACAUCAAACUGGACCAACCACUUACAGCCUUGUAGGUUCCUUGAACAAGGUUCCCAUCUCUUUAGCAGGACUUGUGUUGUUCAAAGUUCCACUCAGUGUACCAAACCUGUUCAGCAUACUUUUCGGUUUAUUUGCCGGAAUAUUCUUUGCCAGAGCCCAAAUGUCAUGAUCCAAGAACACCCCAUUGUCCGAAUGAGAUCAAGCAAACAUGGCUUCUCUCCUUUUGUAAGGAUAUACAUACAUUAAAAGUUUGUAGGAAACAAAAUUUGAUUGCAAUCUCAAAGGAGUAAACAUAUAUACUUCAUAUACACAACUCGGAAAGG